CUCUUAUGGCUAACUAGAGCUAGUCAGAUGGGUGAGGAAAAAUUCAUCGCAAAGCUCGCGUUCCAGGAUAUGAAAUAGACGCAGGUGUCUACAGUCCGGUUUGAAUGGAGUUAAUAACCACAUUUAAGCCUGAAACGGUGUCCUCGCCUACUUAGCUUGGCUUCUGCAGCCUCUUGCCCAUUGAGCUGUCCGCUCGGAGGAGUGGGAGAAGCCGUUAGCCCUGCUCUCACCAGGCACCGAGCUAACCACACUGCUAACCCGAGCUAAGUUAGUAUGCCCUCUGAUUUCAUAGCUCUCCUCAGCACGGAUAUCGACCUCAAUUCACCCAAAUCUCUGUAUUCCAAAGGGAUAUUUAGAAUUAUUACAAAAUUGAAGGAUGGAUGGUUUCAUGUGGUUGAGAUGAAGAAUAGGAGGACUGAAAUUCCGUGCCAAGUCCCAAGAGUCAGUGUAUGACCUUCUGCCUAAAGAGCUUCAGCUUCCUCUAGCCUCACAGGACUUCCAAACUAUGAGUCAGAAGAGUGGUGGAGAGGCCGGCCCUCUUCCCUCUGCUGCUGUGGCCUCAGGGAGUUCCCUCUGAAACAGGGAGAGUCUGCUUAUAAAAUGGUCUGCAGUUCUCUGCUUCGUAGAUGCAGCCACCGCCUGUGCUGUUUCAUCCUCCCCUGGAGGGCACAACAGUGCUUCUUCCUGUCCCAGCAUGCACUGUGCUACGUCAGCUCCAGAGCCGUCUUCCAGGCUUCACUGUCUCCCCGUCGAGGUGCUGGGAGCGGAGCCUGGUUCGGCUUCUGGUGUCAGCGGGACUGCUGGGAAUGAUUGUGUCGGAUCGGCAGCCCAUCAGAGCCAGAUGACACCCUCAAAGCGACGCACCGUCCUUAACAUCUCUCCACCUCCCGAAGACCUGCUCGACGACAGCCGCAUGUCCUGCCAGGACGAGGUAGCAGUCAACCCAGACUCUGAGCAGAGUGGCAGCAUAUGGAUGGACGACUCCGUUUCAAACUUUAGCAUGCUGAGCAGUAGUUCAUAUAAUGACAACACAGAGGUUCCUCGGAAAUCCCGUAAGCGAACGCCACGCCAGAGGCCGGGCCCGAAGCCCGUGGCCAGGGACGAAUCGAACAUGGAUGUGUUUGAUGCUGACAGCGCAAAAGCUCCACACUUUGUACUUUCACAACUCGGCUCUGACGGAAAGGGCAGUCUCAAAGGAAGCACCCUCGAGGUGGCUGGCAGUCAGAAAGGUGGAAUUCUUUCAACACAGUAUCCACAAAAGAGUGAGGGAAAAGAACUAAAGAUUUUGAUACAGCCUGAGACACAACACCGAGCACGAUACCUUACAGAGGGCAGCCGAGGAUCUGUCAAAGACCGCACACAGCAAGGCUUCCCGACGGUCAAAUUAGAAGGUGCAAAUGAACCAGUCGUUCUCCAAGUGUUUGUGGCUAAUGAUGCUGGACGUGUAAAACCUCAUGGGUUCUAUCAAGCAUGUAGAGUGACUGGCCGUAAUACGACGGCCUGUAAAGAAGUGGAUAUCGAGGGGACCACAGUUAUUGAAGUGAACCUAGAGCCAAGCAGCUCCAUGACCUUAGCAGUGGACUGUGUUGGGAUAUUGAAAUUGAGGAAUGCAGAUGUUGAAGCCCGAAUAGGAGUGGCUGGCUCUAAAAAGAAAAGUACUCGGGCUCGUUUAGCGUUUAGAGUUAACAUCCCCAGAACGGACGGGUCUGUCCUCACCCUGCAGACCCUUUCUUCACCAAUCCUCUGUACCCAACCUGCUGGAGUGCCUGAAAUUCUCAAAAAGAGUCUCCACACCUGCUUAGUGACUGGAGGAGAGGAGGUCUUUAUUAUUGGAAAGAACUUCCUUAAGGGAACCAAAGUUAUUUUUCAGGAAAUUGCCACAGAUGAAAGCCCCUGGCAGGCUGAAGCAGAGAUUGACAUGGAACUUUUCCAUCAAAAUCACCUAGUGGUCACGGUGCCUCCUUAUCAUGACCUGACGAUAACCUCACCUGUAUCAGUUGGAAUCUGUGUGUUAACAAAUGCAGGAAGAACUCAUGAACUACAGCCUUUCACUUAUACUCCUCAGCCAGAAAAAGUGGAUGUUCCUGUGAAGUCAGAAUUGUCAGUAACAGCCAAGCCUUGCACUUUUGAAGAGCACAUAAAUGCAAUGCAAACAGGCACCAGUAGUCUCAACAGUACUUUAAUGGCUCCGAUGAUAUCCAUAGUCAAAAGGGAAGAAGUGACCCCAAUGGAAAUCUCUACCAACGCUACAACAUCUAACAUUUUUAAGCCUGCAGAGGUCCUUAACUCAGACCAACAGAUUUUGGAAAUUACCACCAUCCUUCCUACUAGUAGUAAAUCCUUUCCUAGCCCUGUGCCUCUGCCUACUGUUGACGCACCACAAUCAGUGCCCACAAUGUUAGUAACUCCAAAGCCCCUUACAAUUAUUCAGAAACGGGAUAUGCCCCCUGCACCAUCAUUUCAAGUCACCUUAUUAGAAGACACCACAGUUCUUCAGCCUGUGCCCCCGCAGGUCCCUCAGCAGUUCUUGAGGGAAACUCCGGAGACCUUGUCUCCAGAAGACAACAGUCCAGAUGGAACAGGAAUGGUGGUAGUGGGGAUGGAGUCCAGGCCACCCCCAUCCCAGCAACACCAGGUUCAGACCAUUUUGCCUCAAGAUGAGGUAGCACAGCUAGAAAGAGCUGUCAGGGAGUUGCAAGAACAACAGCAACUUAAUUCUGUGCUUUAUGAUUCAAACCCUUCUGCUGAAAAUCUUCAGCAACAUGUCCAGGAAAAUAUGAACAGUUUGAGGCUGGGUGGCAAUGAGAAUACUUUAAUGAAUCAACAGCAGCAGCAACAAGAACAUAAUAUAUUGCAGAAUCUCCAGCAACAGCAUCAGAAAGCUCUGGUUGAUCUGCAGCAUCAACAAACUGUACUGAAGAAUCUCCAACAACAACAGAAGGUCUUGGAGAACUUUCAGCAACAAAAUCUUGGAAAUCUGCAGCAGCAACAGUCGCGUCAAAAGGUUCUGGAAAAUCUGCAGCACCAGAAGGUUCUCGGGGACAUACAGCAACAAAACUCUUUGGUGAAUAUUCAGCACCAGAAAGUACUUGAUAAUCUGCAACAGCAACAGCAGCAUCAGCAGAAUCUAGAAAAACUUCAACAAGAGCAACAGCAUCAUGAGGUCUUGGAAAACUUGCAGAAACAGUUACAGUCAGAGCUCUUACAGCCACAGAUUCCCAUGCAGUGCACACCAAGUUUCCAAGUGCCACAAGAUCAAAGCACCACACAGAUUGAUGGUCCCUUGUCACAGCCAUCUGGUGGUUUUCUUCAGAAUUCAUCUGCACAGCCACAGCAGCAAGCACUUUUUCAACAGGCUGGGGGGCUACUGACUAUUCAGACAUCCAGCUUUCUUCAGCAGCCACCCUCCGAAAGCUCACCUCCUCAGCAACUGUUUCAAAGUCACACACCUAUUACUGACACACAGGAACCACAGACGGGGCUCUUUGUAAGUCCCAAAGCUACCCAGGUCCAACCUGAUUUAUUUCCCAAUGCUGUAACCAUGCUGACAAGCACUAACUUAUCUUCUGAGCAACAGGCUUCCUCGACUACCCUGUUCAUUUCUCAGGGUGUACUGCAUAGCCAAAUAGCAUCUAAUAAUUCUCAAAAUCAGCAACAGCAACAAAUAGCUUUUCUCACUCCCAUGGAAACAUCAAGCUCAACAACCCAAUCAGUGUCUCUUUUUCAAGGACAACCCCAGUUGACCACUCCACUGGAACAGCUUUCUUCACAGUCUCAGCAAAUACCAACACCCCAGCAAGCUUCCCUGUUUCAGAAUAUUUCUACAAUAUCUCCAAAUCAGGGCCAGCAGCAACCACAGCCUGGCUUACUGUUUUGUACUACUCCUGUUAAUCCCCAAGACCUCUCUCAAACUCUCCUGUUCAGUACACAGAAUCAGGGUCCAAUGGGUGGCAACCCACUGCCGCAAAAUAUCUUCCAGGACCAGCAGCCCAUGCAGGUGGUCCCAAGCCCUGGUAAUAUUACAGCGGACAACACCACAAACCAGACUACAGUCUCUCCAUCACAGUCAACACAAAGUCCACAGAUACUUUUCCCCCAAGCCAGUGUAGUGAACGUGGCUCAGCAAGACUCAACUGAGCCGAUGUCAUUUCAAGAUGAGGCUUCUGUUGUGGGUCACUCGUCUGCUGGUAUACCUGCAACCCAGCCAGGACUAUUUCAGGAUCAGCAACCAAUGCAGGUUGUCCCAAGCGCUAGCAACUGUGCCACUGUUGCUCCCUCAGACCAGGGCGCUGUUAGUAUUUUCUUGCCACAGGCAGCCAUUUCAGCGCUUCAAAGUGGUGUAGCCACUCAAGAGUUACCUCAGACUGCUACAGCAACUGCCAUUUUUAGUGGGCAGGGUGGAGUGGCAAUUGGAGGGUUGCAGAGCUCCACUGCCUCAUCUAGUCAACAGACUCCUGAUUCGCUUUUUCAGACAGCUUUAGGGGGAACCCUCAACCAGCCUGGACAGCCAGGACAAACAGGCUUAUUUAUAUUUGAAAUCCCCACUGAAUGUGGUCAGUUAUUAACCCCUCCUGGUCCUGCGUUGACAGACCAGCUUGUCACCAUGGGACAUCCUAGAUCAGAUCAUAACCAGAACCAGCUUCAGACCAGUGCACAGAUUCACAGUUUACUAGAUCAGUCCAACAACCUCAGCGAGAAGAUUGAUGAACUACUAGAGCAGUUUGAGGAACAAGGGAAGACGCUUCCCAGAGACUUCUUAGAACAGUAAAAUAAGUUAAAACGUCACUCCGAGUAGGUCUUCUUGAGCUCAGCUGUGAGCUCACAGUCAAGAGUGACUUGGGCAACUUGAAGGAUCUAAGUUUUUAAAGCCUUUAAUAUAUGUUUAAUAGAUUGGUUGUUCCAGGUGGGUAUAAAUUAUGGAACCAAAUAAUUGGGGCCAAUAAAAUGUUUUGUCAAGUCAGUAUUGUGAUCUGUCAUGGCAUUUUAUAUUUCGGCGGUAUGUCAUGUUGACAAAUUCCGUCUCCGGUUAUACUUUAUCAUCGUCCACCUGUCUAACAGAAGCUGACACAAGUUCUUUAGCUAAACUGUUGUCAAUCUGAUGUAAUACAUUGGACUAAUUAACUGUCUGUGAAUUUUUAGAUGGUGUGUUUAGCACUUUAUGGGUUUUUGAAGUGAGUUCUAUGCUUUUUAGCUUUCAAACCAUUUGUAUCCAUAUUUGCCUCUUUUUAUAGUCUUUCCUUAAAGAUUCUCUAUUUUGUACCAGCUCCGUCAUAUUUACUCUCCAUUUUCAUAUUAACCUAUAUAACGAGCCAUGGCUACUACUUUUUUUUUUAUUUUUUUUAAGCUAAUUGUAUGCUGCGUUCUUUAGUUUCAAUCCAUACGUUA